AUGAGGUCAGGAAGAAGUUAGGUUUUGAGAAGUGGAAGAUUCAAACAUUCCCUCCUCAGCUCUGCAAAUGAAAGCAAAAGUAAAUCCAACCUGGUUAUCAUCACAUGUGCUUUACUCUAUGAGUCAUUGUAAAUAAAUCACCAGUAGAUUGAUUUAGGAAAUGAGGAGGAGUCUGUGGUUGAAAUAGUUGAGUUUAAAUGAGUCACACGUUGACUGGAUGUUUAUAGGUCUGACACAAGCUCUAACACUUUCAUCUGUCUGUGCUAUCGGUGUCUGGACUAACAGCUUUAAAGACAUUGGGAAUAAGACUUGUUCUCUUUUUAUCUCUGUGCGCCAGGCUUGGUAAGAUCAUUUCUUGGUUCUUGCCAGAUGUUGACUUAAGUCAGACUCUUAUGGUGUCGUUUUUCCAGUUAGAAAGUGUUACUUUAACUUUAAACAUCUGGUUAAAUGGGUCUGGGUGGCUGGUACUUGUUGUGACAAUGUCCUUUCUCUCUAUCCCUCUUUCUCUCUGUCACAGUUUUCACUCUCUCCCUUGUAAAGUUUAAGUUUUAUGGUGUCCUCAGAAAACUAGAUUACAGACCUACUGUUUUAUCAUUAUUUUAACUAGAACAGCAAGUCCAAGCUCUAUGGUAUUAUUUUAGACCAGCUUUAAGCAUUACCAUGUUACUGGACCUAGAUGUCUUCAUAUACACAUUGCUAUGCUGAGACACCUUCCAUUGCUCUGAUGAAGGGCCAGUGCCACCAUGUGCACUAGUCUCUGGCAUGACAAGCACGCUGUAUCAGUUGACCUAAAUUAUCCAUUAACCUUAACUAUGAGAAUCAGUGAGCAAUGUGAGCAUGUUGUUUCUGUGGCUCCCGUGGCGCACCUCCAGAUCAGUGUUAAUUGAGAGGAUGUGUGAUUUUAUUACUGUAAUCCGAGGAGUGUGUUCUGAUGCUGUAUCUGGUUCCAUAUGAACACAUGUAGAAGAACAGUUCAGAUUCCAUAGGCGUUUUUCUCUGACCCCAUGCUGGGAUGGUCUCUCUCUGUCACCAUGUCCCACAGUCUGGAGACUAGGGGUCCCGGUGGCUGUCCCCAGCCCAACCCCAGUGCCUCCUAGCUGGGUUGGGAGACGGUGGAGGGUGGGGUAGGGUAGGGUGGUAUUAGGUGGUAUGUGCAGCUGGUAGACAUGGUGUCUCAGAGCAGGGAGAUGCAUUCAGCUGUCUCAUGACAGCUGGGUCUUUAACCUCAGAGGUGGCCCUGCAGGUCCCCCAUCUCUCAUCUCAGCCCUCUGCCACUCCUGCUUUUAAAAAAUUGAGUUGUCUCUGCUAUGGGGUUCCAACACUAGAUGACCAAAAUUAUGUGGAUACCUGCUCGUUGAACAUCUCAUUACAAAACCAUGGGCAUUAAUAUGGAGUUGGUCCCCCCUUUGCUGCUAUAACAGCCCCCACUCUUCUGGGAAGGCUUUCCACUAGAUGUUGGAACAUUGCUGCGGGGACUUGAUUCCAUUCAGCCACAAGAGCAUUAGUGAGGUCUGGCACUGAUGUUGGGCGAUUAGGCCUGGCUCGCAGUCAGCGUUCCAAUUCAUCCUAAAGGUGUUCAAUCGGGUUGAGGUCAGGGCUCUGUACAGGCCAGUCAAGUUCUUCCACACCGAUCUCGACAAACUCUUUCUGUAUGGACCUCGCUUUGUGCACAAGGGCAUUGUCAUGCUGAAACAGGAAAGGGCCUUCCAUUUUUUACAUUUUAGUCAUUUAGCAGACGCUCUUAUCCAGAGCGACUUACAGUUAGUGAGUGUAUACAUUUUCAUACUGGCCCCCCGUGGGAAACGAACCCACAACCCUGGCGUUGCAAGCGCCAUGCUCUACCAACUGUUGCCACGAAGUUGGAAGAACAGAAUCGUCUAGAAUGUCAUUGUAUGCUGUAGCGUUACGAUUUCCCUUCACUGGAACUAAGGGGCCUAGCCCGAACCAUGAAAAACAGCCCCAGACCGUUAUUCUUCCUCCACCAAACUUUACAGUUGGCACUAUGCAUUGGGGCAGGUACUGUUCUCCUGGCAUCCGCCAAACCCAGAUUCGUCCGUUGGACUGCCAGGUGGUGAAGCGUGAGUCAUCACUCCAGAGAACGCGUUUCCACUGCUCCAGAGCUUUACACCACUCCAGCUGACGCUUGGCAUUGUGCAUCGUGAUCUUAGGCUUGUGUGUGGCUGCUCAUCCAUGGAAACCCAUUUCAUGAAGCUCCCAACGAACAGUUAUUGUGCUGACGUUGCUUCCAGAGGCAGUUUGGAACUCUGUAGUAAGUGUUGCAACUGAGGACAAACAAUCUUUACGUGCUUCAGCAUUCGCCGGUCCCGUUCUGUGAGCUUGUGUGGUCUACCACUUCGCGGCUGAGUCGUUGUUGCUCAUAGACGUUUCCACUUUACAAUAACAGCACUUACAGUUGACCGGAGCAGCUCUAGCAGAGCAGAAAUUUGACGAACUGACUUGUUGGAACGGUGGCAUCCUAUGACGGUGCCAUGUUGAAAGUCACUGAGCUCUCAGUAAGGCCAUUCUACUGCCAAUGUUUGUCUAUGGAGAUUGCAUGGCUGUGUGCUCGAUUUUAUACACCUGUCAGCAACGAGUGUGGCUGAACUAGCCGAAUCCACUCAUUUGAAGGGGUGUCCACAUAUUUUUAUAUAUAUAGUGUACAUCACUUUUGCAUUGGGAUAUUCCUCCAAUGUUGGUUUCUGAUUGCAUAUGUGUCAAACCAUAUGGUCAGUGUUGGGUAAACCUGAGUAUAGGCUGGUAGUAUCCAUGCUGUUGGAUUGGCUGUGAAAUUGACCUUGAGUGAAUCUUCUUUGUCUUGUAUCCUUCUUCUAUGCAGAUCAUGAUGAUCUCAUUGGCCCAAGCUCUGAGGUGUUUGUGUUCAGAGCCUAUAGGACCUAAUUCCCUCUUCCUGUCUGACGGGAUGAUAAUAAUAGCCCCUGUUUCGAGACCCCUACUAUUCCAAGGGGCUGUAUUUUAAGGGGUACUUCCCAAGCCAUAUCCCUAUCCGCCAAAAGUGACUCAGCUGAUAGGUUUUCCAACCAUGGUUAUUCCAGGAAGGAAAGAAAUAACAUUUCUUGCAAAUAGCUUAAUAUGUAUAUUUAGCUGGCUUUUCCUACCACAAUCACACUCCGUGCAGGAGUGGAGGUAGUAGCAGUGGUCAGGGGCGUGUGACACCGGAGCUGCCGAGACAAAUUAAAAUUUGCUGACCGUUAAGUUGAUUUGCUACUCCAUAACCCAAUCGAAUUACCCAGUUGGGCUCCAAAGGAUUCUAACUUCAUUUCAACCUUCGGCGUUACUCAACGUCUCACAUGGCCUUAAAGAAUGUGUGUGUGUGUGUGUGUCUCUGUGGAAAACGAGUUAAUGUUAAUGUCUUUUUCAUAUUCCGUGUGAUAAAUUGUGGCAUAUAAUCAUUUAUUUGUUUACAUUAUUUGAAAAGUACCCAACAGCCAAUGUGGUCGGUGUGAUGAAACACAGGCUCUUUUUAUGAUUGUGGUAGCGUAAUCAUGUUGACAGUGUCAAUGAGCCAGUAAACUCAGGACUGCCAUACUGAUGUUAGGUAAGUGUUUCUGUCUGCUUUAGAGAAUCUGUAGAUAGUCUUCAGAUGGGACUCUGCUCCAUAGAGGGGCGUUGCCGUGACAAUAGCAGAGCCAGGCAUUGUCUAAAGGCUCCCCGGCCUGCUACCCCUGGGGCCCCUGAACGAGAACUCUGAGGAAUGCCAACGUUCCCGCUCAUUCCCUGACGGCACUCUCCCACGACAAAUCCCCUUCUCAUUCUCUCGCUCUCUCUUUCUGUCCUCCCAUUUUCACUCCUAUUUUCUCACCACUGUGCUUUCUUACUCUGUCUCACUGUUUUAGAAGUGAGAUCAUUCUGGUUGGGUGUUAUAGGUUGUUGGUGGUAAAUAUAGUUGGAUUAGGACUGCUACAGUGAGGAAAGCUUGUAUAUAACACUACUGUGGGCAUUGGCAUCAAGCCAGAUGUGAGUGGGAUAAUCAUCUAUUGCGCACCGAGUGUUUGUGUUAAAAAACAACAAUGUGCCGAUACUGAAGGGCUGAACACACUAGCCUGACGGUGCCACCCUGGGUGUGGUGUGACAAUGACAAGUGAACAACGGACACAAAGCCAGAUUAAAUCCCCAGCUAGACUCAGCAUGUCCAAAGUUCCUCUCAUAUCGUUCUGUUGUGUAGCUCUGGUUCCACCUCAAAACAAUAUCCAAGCAGAGGAUAGUUUCUGUUGUUACUGGUCACAUUAAAGAGGACUGACAUCAUUUAGCAUGUAGAUAGAAUUAGCACUCAGGUGUUAUGGGGAUGUCGAGUGCAAUGGCAGUGAUGCUGUGUAGGGACCUAGAAAAUGUUAUUUCAUAUAUGGUUUGUUUUUGUUUUGUUUUCAUUUCAUUUAGCAACAUGUAAACCCCCUAUAAGUGAAGGUCACCCCUCUCUUCCGGCCUUACUCCAGCGUGAAUGUUACAUUUGUCAUUUCCUGUUUGUGUUGUAUGGGAGGCCCUGCUGGCCCCUCCUCCAGGGGGCUUCAAGGACAGGAAGUAGAACCUCACCCCCCUUCUCUCUCUCUCUCAGGGUCAUCAGUGGUGAACCAGACCACUCACCACUGGAGAAUGAGACUAGUCAUAAGACCAAACCUGUUGUUCAUCCAUUAAGUACAUUUACCAGUUCCUUGUCAUGAGUAGUAACCUUAUAAUAUGUGGGGGUGUACACUCACCCGGACAGUUUAUUAGGUACACCACCCCGUUCACGAAAAUAGUUUGCUCCUACAGACAGUGAGUCACGUGGCCGUGGUUUGCUAUAUAAAACAGACAUCAAGGCAUUCUGUUACUGUUCAAUUGAACGUUAGAAUGGGAAAAACGAGUGACCUAAGCGACUUUGAGCGUGGUAUGAUCAUCGGUGCCAAGGCGCGCCGGAUCCAGUAUCUCAGAAACGGAUGGCCUCCUGGGCUUUUCACGCAUGACAGUGUCUAGGGUUUACCGAGAAUGGUGUGACAAACAAAAACAUCCAGUCAGCGGCAGUCCUUUGGGCAAAAACAGCUCGUUGAUGAGGUCGAAGGAGAAUGGUAAGAAUCGUGCAAGCUAACAGGCGGGCCACAAACAGGCAAAUAACGGUGCAAUACAACAGUGGUGUGCAGAACAGCAUCUCGGAACGCACAACCCGUCGGUCCUUGUCACGGGUUCCACUCCUAUCAGCUAAAAACAAGAAGAAGCGGCUCCAGUGGGCACGCGAUCACCAACACUGGACAAUUGAGUGGAAAAACAUUGCCUGGUCAGACGAAUCCCGGUUCCUGUUGCGUCAUGCUAAUGGCAGUCAGGAUUUGGCGUAAACAGCAUGAGUCUAUGGCCCCAUCCUGCCUGGUGUCAACGGUACAGGCUGGUGGCAGAGGUGUAAUGGUGUGGGGAUUGUUUUCCUGGCACACGUUAGGUCCAUUGAUACCAAUUGAGCAACGUUUCCAUGGCCCAAAAAAUUCAGGCUGUUCUGGAGGCAAAGGGGGUCCGACCCGGUACUAGAUGGGUGUACCUAAUAAACUGGCCACUGAGUGUAUAAUGUAUUUAGCAUGUGAUCAUUGUGUUAGGUUACAUGUGGUCUUUUUCCUUUUGCAUAAAUUCCUUCUUGCCUCUUUAAUGGUUACUGUAAUGUAGCCCAUUCGGUGCCAUAUUAAACUGGCUGUUUUAAAACAGUAAUUUUUCAUGUUUGUCUUUUUUUGCAAGUCAAUUCACAAUUCAAAGGUUAGUUCCAACAUCAGACCAUAAUCCUUGAUCAUAGAAAUCUCCUUGACACUGCCUCUGUUAUGGAGGUAACAUCACUGACAUCACCAACCCCUGAACAUAACGGAAGGAGGACUUCCUCUGAGUCCCACAUUUCAAAGAGUUCAGACAGCAGCAGCACGUUUUCAGCAGUCUCCCACCUCAGUUUGUCACACUCUGCUGAGAACUAAAGCAGCCCAAUCACAGCCGGUUUGAAGUGGCUUCUGUCCACUCUGCAGCGUGUCACUAGUCUCCGCUCGUCUGGAUCCACGUGUGGGGCAGUAAACAGAGGCGAGGCCCUGGAAUGUUCCCAACACCACAAGGACAGGGCUGGCUGUGCUGGGAGGCUGCCAGGUGGCUCAGGCCCAGCUGUUUAUGGGCUGUGGAAGCUAUAUCUGCUCAACCGUUUGAAGAGCCUGUUUACAUUCAAAUCACUGAGGUGGCGUGACUGUCUGAGGGAAAGAGAGAGAAUGCAGUGCAGUGGGUAUUAGAAGGAUGUGAGGAAGUUUGCCAUUGGUCCGAGAAGCUCGAGCCCCAGGGGAAUUAUUGUAUUGUUACAAACUACAGAAGGUUUUCUCUGUCCUCUUCCUACUCUUAAGCUCCCCAGUAACUCCAUUCCUGAGACUUAGGAGGAAGCAUGUGGGUCAGUCUGUUAGAUGUCUGGCUGCAGAAGGAUAGAGGCAUUCAGGUUCAAUAGUAUUGGUUACAGUGUGUUGUUGGCUAUACGGUAUAGAGGGUGGAGGGCAGAAGGUAAGUCUCUGCUUUUCUAAUCCUUGGUCUGUAUUGCUAGUACUGUAAAGCAUUCUCAACCUUUGAUUCUUGAAGUUAGCAGAUUACUCUUAUAUGCUGUAUGAUAGGAGUUGUUUCAGUCACAGUUGGUCAGAUAGAUAGAAGUGUUUAUUUGCUGAACCACGGAUGGAUGGCAGUGAGAUCUAAGUGAGAUAUUGUGGAAUGAAUGAGGCCUGAUACUGGGGCCACAUGGAUUACAGGGUGAGAGAGCGGUGUAAACAGAAUAAUGCCAGAUUAGUUCCCAGUGCUGGGAUUAGCAUUCUGACAUCGUCUGAAGUUAGCCGCAAGGGAGGAGUGUCAACCUCCAGUCCUCAGGGCAGAUGGACACUCUUCUACUGUAAUUCUGCUCUUCAAAUAUGUUCUCAUAAACACUCUUCUCUACUACUCUACUCAGUCUCUGAGUGUUUUGGAACUGUGGCAGCUGGGACCUUAGGUCUGAUCAUGUUUUGUCAUUUCGCAAAUGUUAACCAAUUGGUUCACAAGGUGUUUUGAGUCCAUGUAAUUAAUGGGUCACUACUCUUGGGUGUAGGGGUGGGGGGAGGUACUGUGUUAUAGUCCAGAGCAGGAGAAUACUUAACACACUUACGUAAGAAAUGUUUUCCACUCCUCUAACCCAGACAGUAAUGAGAAGUCUUCUUAAUCUGCCUCAGUCAGAAGUGCAGUGGUAAUUGUGUAUUUUUAGGAGGUUGGUUUGCACAACACACACUGGAGUUAUUGUCUUAUGACUUAGAAGGCAGUAUUUUGGCUGGCUGGACUAAAAAAGGAAUAGUCUUUGGAGGGUCAGUGAAAUGUUUGGGGAAGAAUGCGAGGAAUCGGAUCACGGUUGUUUUCCCAACUCUAUCUGAGCUUGGAAUGUAAAUUUGUGGAGCAUUUUUUGAUGGUCACAAUUUAGAAGUAACCACAGGCUUGAAGAAGUUUGGAACAAUGCUUUGCUUGUUCGGGUGACUGUCAUCUGAUGUGUGUGUUUUUAUCUGCAGUUAUCUCUUUAAAUCCAAACCCAGAUCUCAUCCUUUCCCUCAUUCUCUUUCUAUUCCAGGGAGCGCUCUCAGAGAUGGCAGCCUUCCCCAGGGUCUAAGGCAGCCAUGUUGGUUAAAGUGAACAGCGUCAGUCGGAUCCAGCCUGGAGGCCCAUCUAGCCCGGACCUGCAGCUCCGCCACCACAAAACACACACCCACACCAAGCCCAACGGCCACCAGGCCUUCACCCUCCUCCCCGUCAGCAGCAAGCCCCCGGGGGCCCACGCCUGCUCCACCCAGGGCUACAAGACCGCACCCUCCGGCAAGAUGGCCACGGACGCCCGGCAGGCCCACCACUUGAGAAAGACCGGCAAUGGCAGCUUCUGUCUGGUGUCCUCUGACCCUCCCCAAACCCCAGGCAGUCACAGGUCCCAGCCCAGCACCCCCAGGUCAGUGUCACCACAGUACGCCUCCACACCUCCCCUCUACGACAACCCGGGAAAAGAGUGUCCCAUCUAUGAUGAGCCUCCUGUGGACAUGGAGGUGGAGGGGGCUCACCUCCAUAAUGGGCCUGGUGGUCUAUCCCGCCUCACCCCCACACACAGCCUGCAAAAGCCCAGGCUCCCCCAGCACCCUGGCUCAUCUCACUCAGAAUCCAGGCACAAGAGGAACCCUUCUGCCUCUGACUACAGCCCUGCUGGCCUGGAGUGCAUCAAGCACAUGGUCGUUGUGGAUCCCAAACAGGGCCUCCUGUCCACCUCCCCCUGUCCCACCCGCAUCCCCUCCCCCACCCCACGAUCAGACCCCCUCUUGGCCCAGCCCCAGUCUCAGCCCCGGGGGCAGCAGAGGGAGCCAGGGACCCUGGAGAAGAAGCAGACAUGGCGGGCCCUGGAGGCCAGUGUGUUGAGGGCAGUGGAGGCUCGCUACAGCAGGCAGAGCAGCCAGGCCUCCCAGGACUUCCCCAUACCUCCAGGCCCCCAGACCACCGCCACCUACCAGGACUCCGGCUACUCCACUGGCCCCUCUCCGAGCCUGAGGAGGAAGAGCCGGCGGAGGGUGGGGGCCGGUGGCCGGCCUGGCUCAGUGGGCAGCAGCGGAGAGCUGUGUGCCCUUAACGAGAGGCUGAUGGCGGAGAUGAGGGAGGUGGUGAGCCGCUCCAACACCAUGAGGGAGAUGAAGGCUGGAGGCCUGGGGGCAGAGAUUGGCGAGAGGGGCGCAGUGCCCCGGACACGUUCCCCUGUGGACUCCCUGAGGUGGUAUGGAGGAGGAGGAAGGUGUGCGUCGCGAGAAGACAUCCCCUCCGCCAGCCGCUCGCUGAGCAGGGUGGGUAAUCAUGGCAAUCCGGCCCUGCCGCCGCUGGAGAUGCCUGGUAGGCAGAAGAGGACCUAUGAGAAGGUGGACACCUUGGAGAAGAGCAUCACCAGUCAGGCCGGCCUCUCCUCACCAGACACCCCCGGACCCCCCUCAGAGGUACGCAUACGCUCCAGUGUUUGUCUCUCUCUGUCUGUGAGAGAGAGAGGUGAAAUAUGGGUAGACCUGGGAAGUCCUGAUAAAUGGAAAGUUCUGGUUUGUCUGCUUAGUUAAAACUCGGACUAGUGCCUGUUGUUGUGUGGGCGUAGGGCGGCAGGUAGCUUAGUGGUUAAGAGCGUUGUGCCAGUAACUGAAAGGUCGCUGGUUCUAAUCCCCGAGCCGACUAGGUGAAAAAUCUGUCGAUGUGCCCUUAAGCAAGGCACUUAACCCUAGUUGCUCCUGUAAGUCGCUCUGGAUAAGAGCGUCUGCUAAAUAACAAAAAUGUAAAUGUAAAAUGUGUGGUCUGUUUAUGUGGAACAGUUUGUUCUUUUUCUUUGGAUUCUGUUUUAGUCAAAUUGCUGGUGCCUUUCCAGGACUACUUUUAUUGCUAGAUUACUGAGGACGUCUCUAUACCAAGUUAAAUACAUAAACAAGUUUAUAGUGUUGUGUUUAUGUCUCCCGUUUUCAGAGGUUAAAAAAAACCGAACAGAGUAAGGACCGAUUAGGUCAUUAGGCGUAUUAUAGAAGCAGAUAAAUGUGCUAAUGGUAGUUUAACUAGGCAGAGUAAUACAUACAGAUGGGGUGGACAGAAGUGAUAACUUGCUUGCUGUCAGGAGGUUGAAUUAUUAGGCUAGUACAGGUGCACAUGAUUUGUGCAAAGCCUCAGCGCUAUGAGACCUACCAUUUUAUAAUCCCAAAGCCCUUUCAACAAUGCACUUACUUCACCCACCCCAUUCCAUAUGUCUUUAUAAAGAAGUUCCAGUAAUCCAAUGAAACUAUAGAACUAAAAAGUCUGUGGUUCAGUUGAAAUUUAAAAUAAGUCCUGAAAACAAUAAGAUAGUAUCUGAAUGAGAGAAACAGAAGGUGCUGGGAAGGUGUAACGCCUUAAACAUUCCAAUCAGGAGCAUCAGGCUCAGAGGCCCCACUGGUCCAAUACAUGGUCCAGGCAUGGUGCCUGUGAGCGCAGUGCUACCUGUCACCCUCUGACUGUCCUACACCUGGCCAACGCAGCAGGCCCCUGUCCCCCUGUGCCAGCUCUGCCUUGGUAUCAGGAGCCCGGGCCAAGCGUGCAAGAUCCACAACAUGGCUCCCCCUGGUCAGGAAGGAGGGCCACUGUGGCCCAGAUGGCACAAGGUUGGCAGGGAGAGCUGGGUACGGUUGGGGUUCAGAGGCUGGUGCCAUGAGGGGUUGGUACUGAAGCAAUCGCAUUUCAACAAAUAUUGGAAACGAGCCCCUAAUCCUGUCCUGAAAUGUUCCACAGACCUUCUGUUAUAUCAUGAUACACACAUAUAUGCUCGUACAGAAUGCACACAAACACUGUUGGUUGUUGACUAUACCUCAUGAAGCUUUGCCUGCAUUUGUCUAUUCUUUCAGAAGCAGAACAUUUGCUUAUUUUCCCCCCUAAAAAACAGUGGUUUAAAGCCAGUACAGAAAUGUGAUCUGUUUUCACUGUGUAAUCUAUACAACCCUGAAUGUUUGAUAUUGAAAUCUGUUUUAGAGACUUAUUUUAUUGAACUCUGCUGUUGAAUUACCACCAUGUCAUGGGGCAUCUGGAAGCUAUCUGUAUAAAAGAGAAGAGGAAUUAUAGAAAGUAUAAUUCAUACUGUAAAUGUUCCUUUGCCUAGUUAAACUUGCCCCUGGUUCCAUUUGAUCUCAAACAGUGACCCAUACCACUCAUUUAAGACCAUUAAGACCAUAUGACCAUAAAGAAGUACUGCCAAACCCAAAUCUGGAGAUCUACACUAUUUGAUCAGGAACCAUACAUAUAAGUUCCAGGCUGUCUGGCACACUUUAACCCUAUAUUAUUACAUCAUAAUCAAAUGAAAGAGAUAUGCUGAACGAUUUAUAUUCAGAUAGUACAUUCCUGCUGUGAAUUGGUCUGGGUGUCUUGUUGUUCCUGGAUGUUUCUCUGACCAGAGCUGGAUUACUGGUUUGGUUUUCACUGUGAGGGGCGGUGACUGUGUACAGGGCUCCGUAUAGGCAGAAAUCCCACUUGGGAUCAGACACAGGAUUUGCACAUGUAGUCUUAAAGGAGCGGUGGGUCGGGCAGAACAGAGGUAGGGCCUCUCAUGUCACUCUAUGCUCCUCACCUGCUCCUGACGAAAAGGUCCAUUUAAAUAUUGGGGAAUAUUAUUAUUGGGGAAUGUAUGUGCCGAUCCUGCAACAAUUCCCACUCGAGCCCUCACACUGCAGAGCAAAGGGAAAGUAGCCUGGUCGACACUGAGGAGACUGCAGCUGUGGACAUACAUACAUACUGCUGCACUGAUGCGUUCUCUCUCCCUCUCUUCUCCUCUGUCUUCCCUCUCUCUGUCUCUCCUGAAGGCGGGGACCCUGGAACUGAAGGCUCAGUUGGACAGCAGGAAGAAAGGUAUAGUGGAUGGCCGAACAGGCUCACUGGGCCCACAUCACCAACGCUCCGUCUCCCAUGACAACAGAGAGGGAGUAGAAGGAGGAGGAAUAGGAGGCUCCUACCACCAGCUCUCUUACGCCACUCUGCGCCCGCCCCCAGACACCUCAGGCAUGGCAGACUGGGCCAGCAAGCACCUGAACAUGCACACCCAGGGCCUGUUCCGCCGCCGUGUCUCCAUCGCCAACAUGCUCUCCUGGAACCGCGGCUCCAUCAAGAAGCCCAUGCUGGUAACCAGCGACCGCGCCGUGAGGAAGGAGGCCUGUGAGAUGUUCAAACUGGUCCAGGCCUACAUGGGAGACCGGCCCUCACGGCUGGACCGCCGCCACGCCGCCCUGCUCAUCGUCACCAAGUGCUGGGGCAUGCAGGGCCUGAGGGACGAGCUGUACGUGCAGCUGGUGAGGCAGACCACGGGCAACACCAGCCCUAGGAGCCUGGCUGCAGGCUGGGAGCUGAUGGCCGUCAGCCUGGCCUUCUUCGCCCCCUCUCCCAAGUUCCGCUGCUACCUGGAGGGAUACAUCCAGAGGCACACGGAUCCGAGCAGUGACAAGAAACGUGAGUCUCAGACUGAGCAACAUGGUGGGUCACCUUUCUCUCUUUCUUUUGUCACUAUGUCUGUUUGUCUGUCAGUAUCAGCAUGACAGGUCUAGCUUGAUGUGUGUGAGGAUUUGAAGUGGGUUUUACCUCUCCUCUUCUCUCCUGUUUGCUCUUCAAGGAUGUUAUUUGAUUUUCUGAAUAGCCUUUUAACCUCUGCCUUAUUUCCUGAUUUCCAGUGGCUCAGUUCAUACUAGACCAGCAGGACAUGAAACUGAAGAAGAACUCAAAGUCCAGAAAGAAACGGAAACAGAACACCGAUGAAGAGGGUAGGUCUGAGAUCACUAAGGCAACAUUAUAAAGAUUUAUGUUUAGUUUGGGGAGUGUUUUCCAAAGGAGGAAGUCUGAUGGAGAGUGCUGAAGUGAGAGACCAAUCAUUUAUUUAUUAUUUCCUUAUGGGUAAGAAACCAUUACAAAUCAAACAUGGUUCAUAUCUCACUGCAGAUUAAGUAUUUGGAGUGAAAUUGAAUUUUUUAUGAUUGACUACCAUGCCAAUAUGCAGAACUUCCCUGGUAGAUGUAUUAAAUGUUUUUCAGAAAAUACCUGUGGAGGUGGUAUGAGAGCUGAAUCGAUAAGAAUUUCUAUAGAGAUACAAUAGGGAGCCAUGUUAGUGGGCCCCUCUGGCAGCCCCACAUUGUGAUUUAGGUAGCCUACUCACUGCACUGACCCCAAUAGACGGGUUGCCUGACAACGGCAUGAAAAUGAUGCGUGCGCAUCGCAGGGGUAAAAAGGCUGUGUGUUGUUAUUAUUCUAGAUGGUAAAAUAGCGAGCAACAAUGACAAGAAGCUGCAAUAUGGGGAAUCGUAGGUGGCUCGUUUCAGUUCGUUGUAUUGUUAUUGAUACCAUGUCUUGUUUUCACUGAUGUCAUGUCUAUGCUAAUAUGGCUAAAUUUCACUAGCUAGCUAACCAACAACUGUAACGAUGUGUUUGAGAGACAACAAAUGCUCAUUGUACAAAUGCAUUUAUGUUUCCAAUAACCAUUCGAAGAGGAAAUAUAGUUUACAUGUUGUCAACAAUCCUUUGAUUCUAAGUCAAUCCUGUCUGUUUUGCCCCAAACCUGCACACUCAUUAGUUUUGUUGCUAUAGGGAAACCCUAUCAUCAGAGAGGAACCUACCCGUCUUGUGGCAGUGACCACACUGGUGAACCCACACACAUUGUACAUCAAUGACUGUAACAUCAACCUAUUGUACACACUGGACAACAUCAGUGACUCACAGGCCAUGAGGAAUGGCUACACUUCAUGGGAGUGACUCACUGUAGAGGUCUUCAGAUAGAGGCUGGAAUAAUGACUUGAGGGAAAGGGCUAUUGCAUUGCUCACAAUGUGGACCCACCAGCCAACCACAGGGGAAAGCCUCCUCACGAACAGCAUAAUGAGAGCUGCUGUCUGAAUAGACGAGCUGAAAUGAAGUGUGGUGUUGUGACCACGGCACAGAGCAGCUGUGAGCUGAGUGGUGGGAGGGAGUCGCGUGUGGGAACUGGAGAUCUCUUGUCUGGGCUUUGCCUAGGCAGGGCUUGGAAGGGCUUUUCUUGGGCCUAGGCUGGUCUGCUUGCUUACUUGGGUUUAAACACUUUGCUGAGACUAGGCUGAGGUAGCGUCACUAAACUGAUACCUGGGAGAAUCUAACAGAUAUAGGCAGACAGAGUCUGGACCCAUUUGUUAACAGGUGUCAUCAUUACAGUCUCUGCCUUGUGCUCUUAAUCUUCUAAUGAGUGGUGAUUUAUCAUGGGUUCUGGUAGCGUCGUUGUUUUUGCCUUAUCGAAACAACAUGUUCAUUUGGACCACCGCUGGUGUUCAAACCUGCUCACAGGCUGGGUAAAGAAAAUAGCCCAACUCUUGCUUUUCUUCCCCUAAUGAUUAGUUAAUUCAGAGAAUCUUGGGGAAAACCGUGUGUUUUCUCUGAGAUCAAUGGGAAAUUAUCGUUAUGAUCUCUGUAAUUAGCUGUAAUUACAGUCAAACUGGGCCAGAUUAACGAUGGCUGUGUACAUGCAUGAGAGUCAGUCACCUGUUUGCUAUAAAUCCAGGGGCUUUCAGUCUAGAGAACAUUCCAGGAAGGAUAUUUUUCUGUACAAAGUUCUCCAUCUGGCCAAGGCUCAGCCACCUGAGAGAGAGUUCUCUGGGAAGGAAGGGAGAUAGUUGGGAUCCCAUGGGUGUGAUAGGGAGGCUCUGGGAAGGAAGUGGAGACCUGUUUUUAUGUGUAGAUUUGCGUUACCACAGUGACAAUGGCCUGUAGUAUGGAUAUUAUGUGAUUAUCUUAGGAAGUGGCUCAUACAUUUGGAGCAUGAUUGUUGAGUGCCUUGUUCGAUUACUUUUCGAGGCCCAGUCAUGAUUAUUUAAUUCCUCAAAUGUAUCUUAUUUCAGAAAAGACACCCAAGUACAGGGAACGGGGCAGACAGAUAGAGUUGGGGUGUGUAGGUAGGGGUACUGCUCCCUCCAUUGUCCUAAGUGUCUGUCUGAUGCAUCAGCAGGGACAGGAUGUGCUGGCUGGCUGGCUCCAUUCUCCCAGCUUUUCUUUCUAUACGUGACUGUUGAGACAUGUAUACUCUGUUCCCCUUAUGCCAGAAUCACACAGCGAACAUGUCUCCCCAAUUACUGCCUCGGAAAUAUCUGACAUCUAUGGGAACAAAUUGCGUGUCCAUUUAGUGAGGAAUUGUUCAACCCUUUAUCUGUUGUUUUGGUUGAAAACUAAGGUUCCUUAGAGGAUUGACUCACUGAGCAGAUGGAUAUGUGAAGGUGUGACCUGCAGCUACAAUACGAGCGGUAUUUCCCAUGGUGUUGGGUUACUGAGUCUCAUUCCUCAGUGUUACAGUGGCCCUGUCUUCCUUCUCUCUUAACAGGUCUGCCCAUCAGCACGUAUGCCAAGUUCUGCUAUCGCAAACUACAGAAAGUGGCCAUAACUGGAGGCAAAAAGGUGAUUUGAGAAGUGAGCAUGGCAAAGGGGCGGGGAAUGACAACAAGGGGGGCAGCCUUGGGAAAAUAGUAUUUGUCCCAAAUACAGAAUGCAGUCAAAACACAACCCCACCCUGAAUUUCCCUAUUUGUUUAAUACCCACAGGGGUCCUAACCAAUACAGAUGUUGAUAGAGAGAUGAAUAAUGCUAGAAAGACAAACAUGGACAUUAGUCAGAAACAUAUUAUCAUGGAUAGACAUGGAUAGAUUCUUAGACAGUCACAGGGCUUAACAUAAACAUAACAGUCUAUUUCAGAUAUAAUCUUUGAUGUUAACAGUCAUAGACAUAAUCAUAGACAUAGUCAUACAUUAACAGUGUAAAAUAUAGUCCUAGUAGUCACACUCUGAACCUCCCCUGCAGGGUCUUCGUAAGCCCACUCUGGAGGAGAUUGACCACAGCCGACGGGCCAUCGUGACCCCCUCCCUGUUUGGCAGCUCCUUGGAUGAGGUGAUGGAGCGCCAGAGUGAACUCUUCCCAGAUAGGAAGCUACCCUGGGUACAGGUGCAGCUCUCCCAAUACGUCCUGGCACUGGGAGGGGCCCAGGCUGAGGGCAUCUUCAGGUGAGACGGAUGGACAGGGUCAGCAAAUCACCUCAUUGGUGUAUUCAGCAAUGAGGUGGGGGUUUGUGUUGUGUGUUUAGCAGGGUAGCAGUCAAAAAAGGAGAUCUAGUGAGGAUCUAGACAAAUGUAUGCCAGCCUUGGUGGGUGGUCUCCUGAAGCAGUACAGUUUAAAGCAAACAUUCCCUGUGUAGCCUACAGUACAGAGAUAGACAACAGAGCAAACAUUGCAUACCACUGCUCAAGAGCCCCUGAAGACCAGCAAUGUUUAAUUUGAUACUUUAUCAAAUGUGUUUACAUUUUUGUUUUUGCAUGAGGCGAUGGGCUUUCAAUCACGUUGUUAGAGCUAUGCUCAAAUCUGUGAUUGUGUGUAAGUAUUUUUAUUUGGUCUGUAUUUCUGUGGAUUAUUCAAUUCCAUUCCAUUUUAAUUUGUUUGGAGGAGUAUUUAUUCUCAACAUAAACGUUAUACCCCACCCACUACAAUGUUUCAUGGGCGAUAAGGAGUUUGGUUAUUUUUUUCCUACUCCAACUAAUACAGAACAGGCCUAUUCGCCAUGAUUAUUAUCACGGUCAGUCCCUAAAUCCAAACAAAUUCCGCAAAUUAACAACAUGAUACUCCCAGUGCCGUUCGAGUCAUGAUACUGUUUUACCAUGUAAUAAUGGGUUUUCAAGCUAUGCCACUGAACAUACCUGGAGAUUGGUAAUAGUGGUGGGUUACAGUUCCCCCUAGUGGCCAUGCAGUGUAACUGAAUACUGAAUUAGAAUGCUUGUUCUGUAGGGUGCCUGGAGAUAUCGAUGAAGUCAACGCACUGAAGCUCCAGGUAGACCAAUGGCGGAUCCCAGAAAACCUCUCAGACCCCAACGUACCUGGUGAGUUAGUCUGUACCUCUGUUAUUAUCUGUGUGUGUGUGUGCUAGUGUUAACACUGUCCCCAUCUCCUCCAGCCUCCCUGAUGAAGCUGUGGUAUCGUGAGUUGGAGGAGCCUCUCAUCCCCAUGGCCUUCUACAAGCAGUGUGUCAGUAACUAUGACGACCCUGUGGCAGCCAUUACUGUUGUCCAGUGUCUGCCUGAGCUCAACAGACUGGUGCUGUGCUACUUCAUCCACUUCCUGCAGGUAAUAACCACAUGACACAGAACACCACAGCUAAUACAAUACAGUCAUACUGACACAACUAUUAUCAUAUUCAACCUUGGAGACAUGGUCGUUGGUCAGGAAGUUGAAAUAGAACAAAUCACUACGAACUCACUAAUUUGUCCUUAGUCAUUGGUCAAUCUCAGUUUCAAGAUACAUACUCUGCCUUCAGUCCCUAAUGAUUUCUCUCCCUCUCUCCCACACUAAUUAUCCGCAGGUGUUUGCUCAGCCUGCCAAUGUGUCUGUUACUAAGAUGGAUGUCAAUAACCUUGCCAUGGUGAUGGCCCCAAACUGCCUCCGCUGCCAGUCUGAUGACCCACGAAUCAUCUUUGAGAACACACGCAAGGAGAUGUCUUUCCUGCGCAUGCUCAUUGUUCACCUGGACACCAGUUUCAUUGAGGGCGUUGUGUAG